AUGAAGAGGCUAAUUAUAAAUUUGCUUUUAUGCGUAACCAGCGCGUUGGCGAACUCCAAUGCAACCGAAAUAUGGCGUUCGAAGCAAGUGCGCAAAGCCAUCAAGUCAAGUUUCCAGUUGGAGCCGAGUGUUUCCAGUCGAAUCGUUGGCGGAACUGAGGCGAAUAUCAAAGACUUGCCUUUCCAGCUGUCGUUACGUUGGGAUGGCUUUCACAUUUGUGGAGCGUCUGUGAUCGAUUCGUCCUUUGCCAUAACGGCGGCGCAUUGUGUCAACCCGAUGCCUCCUGUCGAAAGUAUUACCCUAAAAGGAGGCAGCUCGAACCGAACGGACGAUAACGGUGUCAUAUUCGAGGUGGAGGAAAUCAUAGUGCAUCCCAUGUUUAAUGCCAACAACUAUCACAAUGACGUCGCUUUGGUUCGAAUCGUGGGAUCGUUUACCGGUUAUGAAAAUAUACACCCCAUUACUUUGCAGCAUGUUCCAACUCUUGUGCUCAGCUCAAACCAGACCUCUUGCUCCGUGCAUGGUUGGGGACUCACGAGCAAUCAAAGCUAUCUUCCAGAAAUGUUGAGAAUGGUACGCGUUCCGCUGGUACCGUAUACCGAUUGCCGACGAAAAUGGAGUCCUUUGUCUGUGACGGCGUCCAUGAUCUGUGCCGGAGAGCUGCGUCGUGAUUCCUGUAUGGGAGACAGUGGUGGUCCAUUGGUGUGCAACAACCGUCUUUACGGAAUAGUUUCAUGGGGCGAUAACCAGUGUGGAAGCGCUUACCCGGGAGUAUAUACCAACAUAUCAUCGAAGGACGUUUCGAGUUUUAUCCAUCAAUAUGUUACGCAUUUAGAAUGA